AUUUGUACAGAAUAAUGCAAAUUAAUAAAAAAAUCCAAAAAUUUCUAUCUUAUAUUGCUGUAGUAUAAUAAAGUCAUACAAUAAUAUUUUGUGUAUCCUCCUAGUGCUGCUAUGACUUUCUGCGCACGAUUUUGCAUCGAAUCUACUACAGUUUUACUAAUGUAUUGGAUUUCUGAGUCUUGAAACCAAAUCUGAGGCAUAUUGGUGGCUCAACCUUUCUUCAAUGCAGUUUUAAAUUGCAAUGCUACGAAAGUGAUAUGACAGAUCAUUGGAUUUUACUAUUUUGCAUCCUCCCAUCAAUCAAUUGCAUUUUAACAGAAAAUGUAGAAUCUUUGGGAUGUUGGAAAGAGUCAAAGAAGAGCAAUUUUGUUUCGUUUGAAAAUAAACACCAUUUCUUAACUGGACCAUACAAUAAGCGUAAAAAUGCCGUAGAAAAGUGUGCAAGAGUUGCUAUUGACCAUGGAUUUACAAUAUUUGCUGUUCAAGAUGGAGGAAAAUGUUUAUCUGGUGCUAAUACUGUUAAAAAAUUUGAUAUGUAUGGACCGUCAAACUUAUGUCGAGAUGGAAAAGGAGGACUCUGGAGCAAUAAUGUAUAUAGCACUAAAGCAUUCCACACCAGAAGUUUCAAUUCUGGAAUUGACGAAACACCUUGGGAUGCGUAUUGCACUCGACCUUUGGAUAUUGUUGUACUAAUGGAUGGAUCAGGUAAUGUCAAUGAACAAACUAAGAAACGCUGGAUUUUAAUCAAAAAUUUUGUGAGGAAGUUUAUCCGUGGGUUUGAUGACCAUUCUAGAAUUGGUAUAAUACAAUAUGGAGAAAAUCCAGAAAUAAUUCAGGAUAUUAGAAAGUUAAAGUCAAAAGAAGCUUUAGAUAAAGUAUUAGAAAAAACUGAGUUUCCUGGUGGUGAAAGAACUUUAAAUGAUGCAUUAAAACGAGCAUGGAGAGAGCAAUUGAAAGAAACAAAUCGUACUAAUGCAGAUAAAAUAAUUUUGGCGACAAUAACAGGUGACAUUCCAUAUGGAUUAUAUGGUUCAUCACAGUUUCUUUCUGACCAUAAUGUUCGCAUUGUUGUUGUUGGAAUUGACAAGUAUGUUCAUUACGAGUUUUUGCAGUCUGUUGCAUCAUAUCGUGAUGUUGGAAAUAUAUUUUCUGUUAACAGUGGCCAGCUUGAUGACGUAGCACCUUAUAUUUACAGAGAUAUUUGUAACAACAUGCCUGAGUAUGUUUUAGCAACGACGCCCACACCUUCAAAAGAAAGACCAAUUGAUUCAUUAAAAAGAAAAAAUAUGACUAAAACGAAGGAAAACUUGAAUAAUGAUGAAAGUUUGAAAUCAUCAAGAACAGCAAAAAGUCGUGGAGAAAUCCCAGCAUUUUCAAAAGACAAUUAUGAUGAACUUGACGGACCUGUAUCCAAUCAUGUUGAUUUAUCAAAAGAAUUAGGUAAUACUAAAUAUAAGAAGCAUCUUAUAACGGCGGUAAGAAACGGAACAUCUAAAGAAAAAAUUGCUACCAUGGUUUUAAUAAACCCAUCGCCAGAUGUAUUUUUAGGUCUAACUUCGGUUGAAGCUAAAGCUAUAAAAAAUCAAUACAAUUCUUCAGAAGAAACCCUAGAAAAAUUUAAUGCUUUUUUACCCAAAGUUUCUAAAAAGCAACCAGUUAUUGCAUCAGAAAGCAAAUAUGUGAGUAAGUCAAAGGAUCAUUAUGUUCCCUUAAACUUUUUGAAUAAUAAGAAAAAAUCAGAUGAUCAACUGGAAGAGUUAACUUCAGUUGACAUUAAUAAGGAAACAAAUGCUUUUAAAAAGUUAGAUAAUCACAAUGAUAAAGAAAGUUAUUCUGAAAUAGAGGCUGGUCUUAAUCGUAAAUUUGUGGCGAUGAAAGACAAGGCCAAAUUGUAUUCAGUAUCGCAUUCAUUAUCAAAAACAAAAAAUACAAAUGAAAUGAAAAUGGAAGUAAAAAACAAAAAUAAAAAACCAAUUGUAUCUAUUUUAAAUGAAGCAAAAUCAAAUAAAACUGCUGACAAAUUGAACAACAAAGAUCAUCACAUAGAACGUAACAAAAAUAGAUUCGAACAUUUUGGAAAAAAUUUGAAUCAUUCUAUGAAAGGAUUGGAGCAUCAUGUAAAAGAAUUCGAAAAUAAGAUAGAACUAGAACACCCAACACAAGAAUCAGGUAUUCCGAUUAAGUUAUUUUCGAGCCAAGGUCAUGAUCCACCAGAUUUUAAAAAUCGUAAUGGAACCAGUUUACUUAACUCUGGAUAUUUGAAUGAAUCAAAAGUUUCGGAUCUAAACAUACAUGGAGUAGGUGCUCUUUCUCAAACAUUAGAACUACAUACAGGUAAUGGAAAAGAACAUGUUAGUUAUCAUCCCCCAUUUCGUAUAACACAUCAAAGUUUAUUUACAGAUAAAUUAAGUGAUAGAAUGAAAAUGCAUAGUAUGUUUUCAAAUAAAGAAGAAGGUCAAAAAGAGAGAAAUAAACAGCCUUUAAAGUCUUCUUCAAAAAAACUAGACGAUUUUACAAAUAAAUCAUUUUUAGAUUCAGCAGGGAAAAAUCUAGCCGAUAUUUACUUACAAAUUCAUAAAGCAGAAAGAACAAAUUUGGAAGUUCCUGGUACUGUUGAAGAGUUUCUAGGUAAAAAAGAAAUUGUUUAUAAAAAUACAAAUAUAAAAACAAAUUUAAUACCUCACUUAUUUUCAUCUGCUCUUGACAGUAAAACAAUGUCUGUUAAUACAUAUCAUAAUGCAACGAAUCUUCUGGGAUUUCUCCAUAACAAUGUUACUAGGAAGCAAAAUAUUAAUCGUUCGCAAUUAGCUUUGACCUCAUCUAAUCAAAGUAUUUACCCUACAACAGAUGGCGGAGUUAUUGAUCUUAUAAAAAAUACAGUUAUUGCAAGAAAAAAGUUUUACAUUGAUCAAGCUAACAAUUUCAAUCCUUUCAUAGUAGGGGCUGAUUAUAACGAGGGGUUAGGCUUUGACAGCCAGACCGAUGAGUUAUAUUUGUCAGAGAAACGAAAUUGGAAUAAUAAGCAUACUUCAAUAAAAAAAACAGGCCACGGAAACCUUUUGGGUUUGAAAAGCAAUCUAAUUAGAAAAAAACAAAACUCACAAAAAAUAGCUCGUUUUUCUCCAAAAUUGAAUCAGCAGUUUCAAUACAACACACAACUAAUUCCACCAGCAUCAAAACGUCAUUUGCCGAAAAAUACCAUAAAUAAUGAUUUGGCACCAAAGGUUUUAUCCAACCUUCACAAAAAAACAUUUCAUUCUUUUUCUAUUGAUGGUCUUAAACUCUAUGACAAUGACGCAGUUAUCCAUGGAAACAUAAGGAUAGAUGGCUCUAAAGUGAAUUUUAUUUCUGAAGAUAUUAAUCGCACAAAAACUUCAAACAAUACAAUGUAUACUUUGAUUGAUAAUCAUUUUUCUGAUGUUGCAUCUGAGAACAGCAAAGUUGCCUCUAAUGAAGUAAGUACAGAAAAUGGGAUUCCAGAUGAUAAAUUCAAAAUAAAUUCUGUCUUGUUUACGAACACAAGUUCAAGAAAAGAAAAUAUUAGCGAGAAUUUAAACCAUCCGAUAAAACUGUUGAAAAAUCAAGUGAAAUCACCAAACAAACAACUCAUACAAACAAGCAACCAAGUCAAACUGGCUAAUAUUCAAACUGAACAAUCAAAAAAUCAAGUCAAACAAACUAACAAACAAGUUAUAAUUCAGUUAAACAAUAAAGUUGAGCAAUCAACUAAUAGACCUAAACAAUUGAACAAUCAAGUUGAACAAUCAAGUUAUAGAACUAAACAAUCAAACAAUCAAACGAAAAAAUUAAACAAUCAAGUUCAGCAACCUACUUCAAAAAAAAUCGCUGAAAAAUUGAAUAAUCAAGUUCAUCAUCAAAAUAAAACUGAUUAUCUUAUAAAUAAAACUGACAGUCUUAAAAAUAAAACUGAUAGUCUUAAAAAUAGAACUGAUUAUCUUAAAAAGCAAAAUUCAUUUCAAAUUAAUGGUCCUAAUAAAACCAUUGGUAUUAACACGCAGAUCAAUGAAGUGAUCAACAAGUUCGAAAAAAAAUUAAAUGAUUCUUCUCGAUUGUCAAACACAAAUAUAACAAAGAAAGAGAGGAAUAUUGAGAGAUUAAACCAGUUGCUCAAUACCUUUGAGAAACACUUUAAAGAAGAAGCUAAGAUUAACAACAUUUCCUAUCAUAUUGCUGAUAACAAAAGGAACGAAAGUGUCAGUCAUACUUUCUUUCCUAAAAAGUUCUAUAAUGCAGAUAUCAAAUACCCUGAGAAAAAAAAAGAGACGUUAAAAAAAAAUCUUACUAACAAUACCCUGAAAUUGUUGGGCGUGAAAGCAACUUUAAAAACGUUUGAUAUAACACCUAAAGUUGAAUCUUCCAAAGAUAAAACAAGUAAAAAGUUUUUAAAAGAAAAUAAUACUUUUAAAAAGGGAGAUAACGAGAUAAAAAACUUUGAUGCUAAUAUUCAAAGAUAUAAUCAUAAUUUACUUGGUAAAAUAUCUAUGUUAGUAAAUGCAAUGAAGCCAGUCAUGAAUGCGCAUAUUGAUUUUAAAUCUCAAGGAGAAGAGAAGAUAGGAGUUAACAAAGAUUUUUCUUUUAAAAUUGGUGAUCCUUCACCAACAUCUCCUUUAUACAAACCAACUUCUACACUUAAAACGACUACGCGUCCCACAACAACGUCAACAACACCGACAACGACAGUUACAACUACAGUAACCACAACCCCGUUUACCUUACAGUUUGAAUAUCAAUAUAAUCCUGCAAGUGGCACCGGAUUUAUUUUACCGAAUUCACCUAUCCAACCAAAUGUUCCAAAUGUGCCGAUUAGUAAUGCUAGUGUUUUAGAAAAUUUAAAAACUGUACCAGGGUUUAUUAUAAAUAACGUGAGUGGAGAUCUUACUCAAAUAAAUAAUAAUAACAAUUUUGCUAAUCUCACAAGUACUAAUAUAGCCAUGCCUUCAAGCGAUGGUAAAGUUUAUUUUCCUGGAAACUUUGAAAUAUCUGAUAAACCAAAACAAAAUAUUCCCUCAAAUAUACCAAGUUCUAUCCUUCCGUAUAACCCUUCUUACACCUCAAAACGUAAUGACCAAGUAGUAAAAGGACCAAGUAUUGGUUUUCAUGGAAACGCCAUGUCUCAAGAUACAUUUCGCCCAUUAGAUCAAAUGAUUAAAAAGUUUUACAAAGCUGGAGAGGUCCAUCAAGUUAUUGAUAUAAGAGAACCAAAUUUAAACGAUGCUGAAGAGGAGUUUAACGCUUUAGCAAAUCGUAAAGGACUUGCAUCAGUAACGAUUGCUAAACCAUUGCUUGUAAAUAAUAAUCAAUUUGAAGUAUUGAAGUUAUCAAAUGGACACACAAUAAACAAACCAAUUGAUAGUGAAUUCGAUAGCUUACCUAUUGACUCCGAGCAAAGAAUACCUUACAGUCCAGUUCCAGUUUCACAAAGCAAUAAUUUUAUUCUAAAUGUUCCCCUAAAACAAUCAACAAAUAUUCCAUUGAAAGUUCAUAAGAUUUAUUAUAGCUCUCUUAAUCCUGGGAUGAAUUUCAAGCCUGGGACGAAUUAUAUCAAGCCUGGGACGCAAUUUAACACUAUUGAAGAUGCCCUUUCGGAACCACAUGAAGACUCUGUUUCAGAUUAUCAAAAUCGUAUUGUUGGAGAUCAAUUGGGUAUUGCAGUGGAGUCUCAAACAGACAUUCAAGGCGAAAAUCGGCCAGCCCUAAUUUUAAACGAACAACAUGGUGUUUUUCAUAACACGUCUGAUGGUUUUCAGGAGCAAAUAAGUGGACAACACAUUGAAGAUAAUCGUGUAAUAGGUAAUCAUAUGCUAAGUCAUCAUAGAGUAGGCAAUAAUUUAGCUGGCAAUCAUGUGAUAGGUCAUCAAAUGGCAGAGGGUCAUGUUUUGAGUGAUCAUAUAGUAAAUGGUCACAUUGUAGGUGGUCAUGAAGUUCCAAUUACUGAUAACAAACCUUUAAAAAUGAUUUUCUUUCAACAAAAAUACAAUGAACUAGACUCAGAAAAAAAUAAUGCUGGCAAAUUUGUGGGUCCAAACGAAUUGAUUAAAUUACAAAUUUCCAAAGAAAAUCAUCACGGAAAUCAUCAUCCUAAAGUAGUUUUGUUUAAUCAAGUGCCAGAAUUACAUGCUAUCAAUAACAAUGAAAAUAACCUAGAAAAUCAUAUGUCACAAAACGUAAUUAGUCCUUUGGUUAACAAUUCAGCAUUGUACCCUGAGGAAGAGGUAGGAAACUUUGUAAGCGAACAUCAACAUAAUGAUGAUGGCUUGCAUACGAACUACAGACACCACAACAAACUUCAUCAUUUACAAGCUCUCGCUCAUGCAUUACAUCAACAGCCAGAAUUAAAAAAAGUUCAUUUGAAUUUAAUAAAUCAAGAAAACCUAAAAUUAAAAUACCAUUACUUAGGAAUGAAUACACUUGAACGAAAACAUAGGCUCAAAGUUAAAAUGUUGGACAAACCAGUUGAGUUUGAAAAUCAGAGACGCGUUGGUUUACGCCACUUAAAGAAGGGUUCACGCUACUUGAAAGGUUCGAAGCGCUCUCAUAACUUUGCUCAUCAUAAACGCAUGAGGCAGCCAACUUUACCAAAAAUUCCAGAUUCAAUAGUACUACCUUCAAUGCCAGAUUUCAACUUUAACCGCCUUAGCUACAAACCUCGAUUGUUUAGACCUAUACAUCCUUUAAUGACUUCACAUGCUGCUCCUGGUUCACACAACAUUGUACGUCAUGAAAAAAAAGGUUUUAUUUCGGCUCCAAGGCGUAAUGAACGACGUAUGAAAAGAGUUUUAAACGAGAAAAAAUGGGCUGCAAUGCAGUUACUUAACCAAAACAUUAAUGGAAAGUUUUUGCAUGGAAGAGAACGACCUACUCAAAGUUUUAAUAAAAGUGAAAAAGUUGAAUACCCUGAGUUACCUUUGACUAAUGCAUGGACUGAAGCUGAUUUUUUGCCUAAGAAAGGACCACCGUUAUUUAGAACGAAUAAAACAUUACUUCUUUACCAAUCUCCCAAAGUAAAGGAAACUGUGGCUAAAACUCUGCAAAAAAUACUUUGGAUUAAUGCUCUUGUUGGGCGCAAAGAUGCAAAGGAAGGUAAAGGUGAAGAAAUUCACAAACUUCACCAUGAUAAUCAUGCUAGUUUUAAGACUUAUUUAUUACAUGAACUCGAAAAUUAUGAAAAAAAUUCUGCGAAACAACUAGAUUUUCAAAAUGCCGAACAAUCAGCAUCACCAAAAAACAUAAUUACACAUAAUUCGCUGCAUGAUUCUAAAUAUGGAAAUGUGAAGAAAACAUAUUAUGUUUCGAAAACUGCUGGUCCAUUUGAAGAACAUAAUGUUUACCAUAUUACAGCAAAAGACAAACUGAAAAAACCAGGCUUUACAAACGAAAUUACCGACAAGUCUCAAGUUAGAAAGUCUGAAUCAAGCAACUAUGACAUAAUGUACCUAGGAAACAAUGGAGAAAAUGUUCCAAAAAAUAUUAUCGAUGAGACUUCAUCAGACGGUGAUUUGAUGGCAUUUACUUCUCAAGGAAAUAUUAAUAAUAAUGCUGAAAAACGAACUAAUCAACCAGCAGGAGAAAAGACUAAGUUACCUAACAAAGUAAAGAACCUCAAAGACAUGCGUAGUUUAAUGACGCCAAAAUCUACAAAACAACUCACUUUAGAAGAUUUUCCGCGAUCAUUCUUGAUUAAAGAUUUUAAGUUAGGAGAUAUGCCUUUGCUUCCGGUGGGCAAAUCUUACGUUUUGUCAACCCCUUCUAUAGGAACAGUGACAGUAAACAUAAAGAAUGAUAUGACUCCUAAUGAAAAUAAAGGGUCAAAUCAAAGUCGUAAAAAAAAUCGCUUGUUUCAUAAUAGUUUACAUCGCAAUAAAUUGUCACGCUACAAUAGUAACGAUCAAAACAAAAAUGAUCAAAACGAUGAACUAGAAAAUAUAGACAUCAAAGACAAAAAUAAUCAUAAAAGUGAAAAUGAAGAAACCAAUAGAAACGAAGUUAGUUAUUCGAAACCUAAAAUUUUUUUAACUGAGCGAAAUAACCUUGUCGCGGUACCUGAUAAUGUUUUAUACGGCCAAAAAUAUGGAGAUGAUGACGACGAUGUUGAUUCUAAAGAAAAGCUUGAAAGCGAGAUAAAAAGUGAACCUACGAACUCGCUAAUGGAGAGUGGUGAAAAUCUUCCAAAAGAAAAUAUAGAGAGUUUAGAGAAUAGCGAAAGUAAACACAACAAAACGAGUGUCAAUGAAGCCGUAUUGACCGAUAUGGUUCACGCAGUUCUUAAAAAUAUUGUCAAUGAAAGCAAAAUUUAUAUGAUGAACCUUAUAAAUUCUGAAAGAGCUUCUGAUUACGUAAAUAAUUUUUUUAACAGAAGACAUGAAACCAGCAACUUUACUGGCGUUUUUAAUGAAAAUACAACAAUCAGUGCACCCAUUUUGCAAGGUAUCAAGCGUAUAAACUCUAUUGCCAUUGCAAAUAAAACUUUUAAUAGCAGUGCUUUUAUUAACAAUGUGACGAUGCUUAACAAAAGUAUGCAAGUAGAUACCACUAACAAGUCUCAAGUAAUUUCUUACAACACAUCAUUUACAAACGCAUCUUUUGCUAACAUUACAGGUUUAGACAAGAAAAAUGAUUUAGGAAUAAAAGAUGAUAUUUAUGUUACCACCAAGAUGAAUAACGCUUUUAAUUUAACAAUAGAUAAGAUUCCUAACGAAAAUCUAAAGAAGACUUUCAGCAACAAUACCUUUAUGCGCAUGACUCCUUUAGAGUAUAUGCUAGGUUGCACCAAGCCACUUCGUAUAUUGUACGCUAUUGAUGUAUCUGAUGGUCUUGGUGACGGUUUUAUACGGAAAAAAAAAUGGAACCGACUCAAAGAUUUUAUAUCUGACAUAAAUAAUAGCUUGUUUAAGGAUGUAAGAAGCAAUUUCAUGGUCUAUAAUAUCGAGCCAAGGUUUAUGGAGAGUCUAGAUGGGUGUGACAAAAAUACAGAGUAUUUUUUAACAGCGGAUGACUGCCUUUGCUUUACUAAUCCAUUUACACUCUCUGCUAAAGCUGGAUGCAGUGUAAAUGGCCCAACGCAGCAUGAAAGCGUUGAGGACUGGGGAGCUAAGGGCCCUCGCACGGGCCGUGCUCUUGAUAUAGCAAGGACAGUUUUUUUUAAGGAGAAUUUAAACACAUUUAAAAACGUCAUAUUUUUAAUUAGUCAUAAACAAUCUACUGACGAUUUAAAAUUGGCGGAAAUAAAUCUAAAAAAAGACGGUAUUAGUUUGGUGGAUAUAGAGCUAGGCGACAGACAUGAUUUGCGUAAAAAACAAUUUAUUCCUAAACAACGCCUUUACCGUCGCAGUAAUACAGAAGAAAACAUUCUUGAUGAACAUAAAGUGAAAGUUUCUCUCAAGAAACUUCAGCAAACUUUAAGAAAUAUUGUUGGUAGGGUUUGUAAAUCGCAAACUGAUGGAGAUUUAUAAAUUGCUUCAUUUCUUUAAUGUAAAUAAUAAUCGUAAUAUUAAUAAUAUAUAAAUAGAUAAUAUAA